AUGAGGAGUUUCAGUUCUUCCGUUCACAAUGUGUUGGGGGUCGAGCAGCCGCAAGUGAAUGGGAAUGACUAUCUCAAAAGGCUCAAAUCAAAAAUUCACACAUUCACAGAUGGUCUGAUUCGGAGUGUCAAAUAUAUUUUCGACGAUGAGAGGAGCCUUUCAGAGGGCAAUGGUUCGGGCAACGACGACGCUCGAUGUAGCCUGCACAAAGCGGCAAUGAACGGCAACUGGGAAACGGCGGAGCAACUCGAAAGGGAAAAUCUGGGAAUUCUUUCGGUGGUUAUAAGCGAGGAUAGAAACGAGACUGCUCUGCAUAUUGCUACAAGAUGCAAUCAGGUUGGUUUUGUGCAGAAAUUAGUGGCGAGACUGAGCGAUGAAGACUUGGGCAUUGAAAAUAGCUAUGGAAACACAGCCCUUUGCAUCGCUGCUACGUUAGGCGGCCUUGAUAUCGCCAAGUCGAUGGUGGAAAAGCGUAAAGAUUUGAUUGGUGGGUCUAGAAAUGUAACCCCUGUUUUAAUUGCUGCAAGAUAUAAACACAACGACAUGGUUUCUUAUCUCCUCAGUCAGAAGGAUCAUAUUGCCCCAGAAAUGGAAUUGGAGCUUCUUGUUGGUGCCAUCUCUGCAAAUCAUUAUGAUAUAGCUUUGAUUAUUCUAAAGGGGAAGGAUUGGUUAGCGACCAAACUAGACAUCAAUCAAGACACACUAUUGCAUACACUCUUGCAUAUAAUGGCCCGGAAGCCUAACACUAUUGCAAGCUACAAGAUGACAGCCAAGUGGCAAUCAUGCAUCGAAAAGAGCGUGUUCAAAUGUUUAUGCAAAAAAACAACCAUGGAAAUAAAAGCCCAUCAAAUGGUUGCAAACAUGUGGAGUAUUGUUAAAACAAAUGCAACUUCAAAAGAAAAUCUAAUGAAUUUCGUAAUACAUCCAUCAAGCAUGCUACAUGAUGCUGCAAGAGUUGGAAAUGUUGAAUUUCUAGAAAUAUUGCUGCAUGAAAAUCCUGAUCUUCUACGGAUAUUCGACAACGAUGGGAAGAGUAUAUUUCACGUAGCAGUCGAGAAUCGACAAGAGGGUGUGUUCAAUUUAAUUUAUGAUAUGAAACUCUUCAACCCAGAUGACUUAUUAUACUAUUUUGACGCGAAAAAAAUCAGCUUGCUUGAAUUAGCAGCCAAAAGCGCUAAUCCGAAGCAUCUCGAUCGAGUGUCGGGAGCAGUGUUUCAAAUGCAUAGCGAGCUUCUAUGGUUUAAGGUAGUCGAGAAUAUAGUGGAGCUUACGACGAGGGUAAAAAGAAGCGGAGGGGAAACGGCGCGGGAAAUAUUCACUAGAGAGCAUAAAGAGCUGAAGGAAGAAGGAGAGAAAUGGGUGAAGAGGACAGCGAAUUCAUGCAUGCUUGUAGCAACUUUGAUAGCGACGGUCGUGUUUACAGCAGCGUUCACAGUGCCAGGAGGCAAGAACGAGAGCUCGGGGCUUCCCAUAUUUGUGGAGAAGAAAUGGUUCACUGUGUUUGUGAUAUCAGAUGGGAUAGCAUUGGUGUCUUCGUCGACUGCAAUACUGUUGUUUUUGUCGAUCUUGACGUCGCGGUGUGCCGAGAAUGAUUUUCUGUUUUGGUUGCCAUUGGAGUUGGUAUGCGGGCUUGGAUCCCUGUUUGUUUCUGUGCUGUGUAUGGUGCUGGCUUUUGGUGCGGCCUUCUUCCUUUACUAUGGUAAAGAUACGGCUUUGCUUCCAUUGAUGAUUACUGGGAUGGCUGCUGUUCCAAUUUUCUGGUUUUGUGUGCUGCAAUGGAAGCUUUGGGCUCAUGCUUUAGUGUCAUUGCAUGCUUCUACUGUGUUUUGUUUGUUGAGGAAUAGGAAGACUAGUAUCCUCAAGGCUAUCACUAAUGGUGUCUUUGUGCGUUAG